UAAAUGAUGCCAUUCUAGUCUCUUAUCUCCUUUCUGAGAGAAGAGGACCUGGGUCUAGUUGGCUGGGACUCUCGUUUCCAUAGCAACAAGAGGUCCUAUAAGAGCCAAGGCCUGCCGGAAGUUCAGUUUGCACUUCCGGUUUGCGUCUUGGACACCGGCAACCCGGAAGUUGACGUGCGGGUUGCACAUGGCCGCGCCCUGGGAGGAUGCCGCUGGUAGUGUUUUGCGGGCUGCCGUACUGCGGCAGGAGCCGGCGCGCAGAGGAGCUCCGCGGCUUCCGCUACGAGCUCUACUGCCUGGCGCGGGCGGCGCGCACCCCGCUCUGCCUGGUCUACUGCGUACGGCCCGGCAGUCCGAGCGGCGAACCUCGGGUGGCGGCUGCGGAGGAGAAGCAGAGCGGGAACGUCAGUGUGAGUUGGCGGCCGCGCACCCAAGAGGGAGGGAGACCUCCGGCAGCGGGCGCCCGCGUCCUGAGGGAAGCGCGAGCAGUGGACUCGGUAGUAAAUGGGGGAACCCAGGCACACCUACUUACGGAACUGGAGCCGAAGGAAACCGGGACUCCAGAUCUCCCAGCUGUCGUGAUCCCUGAUUUCGAGAAAGCUGCAAACCACGUGUCCAGUGCCUUGUACCCUCCCGAACUUCUGGAGGCCCUAAUGCUUCGCUUCGAGGCUCCGGACUCGCAGAACCGCUGGGACCGACCCCUGUUCACCUUGGUGGGCUUAGAGGAGCCGUUGCCCCUCGCAGAGAUCCGGGCUGCACUUUUUGAGAACCCUGCUCCUCCACCCCAUCAGUCUACCCAGUCCCAGCCCCUUGCCUCCGGCAGCUUUCUGCACCAGCUGGAUCAGGUCACCAGCCAGGUGUUGGCGGGACUGAUGGAAGCGCAGAAGAGCGCAGUCCCCGGAGACUUGCUUAAGCUUCCUGGGACCACGGAACACCUUCAGUUUACCCGGCCUUUGUCCAUGGCCGAACUGAGCCGCCUCCGACGCCAGUUUAUUUCCUACACCAAAACGCAUCCUAAUAAUGAGAACCUGCCUCAGCUGGCCAACAUGUUUCUGCAGUAUCUCAACCAGAGCCUGCUCUAACCAGAGGUGUUUGGUGACAGGCCGUGGCUCCUUGUCUAACCUCUACUGCCCUGUAUUUCUCUGAGAAAAAUAAUCUGAAGGUCUGCAGAGCAUACUGAUGUGCGGUACUAGAGCUGUUGCGACUGACUCACACUUUGCAGAAUGCCCCUGUGCCAGGCCUUGAGUUUAGACUCAGAGCAUACUCUGAGACUAGAAAAACUGGGGAACUAGCUUGAAGGAUCUUGGCAAAUUUCCUCAGAGGACAGAGCUCAGAUGGACAGGGCUUGCUUAGAUUGGGAUCUACUUGGGAUAUCCCACUGCAUUGACUUCCCCCAGCUGAACUGUGGGAAAGCAGACUGGAUGGAUGAAUUGUUUUAAAAACACUUGUGAACAGAAACUUAAGAUGGCACAGUUCUGCAUCUGCACUGGCCCUUCUUUCAUACCACAAAUAGUAUUUUUUAGUACUGUACCUAAGAUUUUUGCUAGUCUAUCCUGGGUCUGGAGGUCACAGAUAAAUCCACUGGUUUCUGUCCUUGGGAAGCUUUGGUUCUAGUGGAAAUAAAAGACAUAUUUUAUUAUGUCUUUUAAUAAUAAAAGACAUAAUAGCCACUAGAUUAUUUCAUUUAAUAAAACCUUUUAGAAAGAGUCGGCUGGAAUCUCUUUCACUUAAUGUAACUUAAUGUUCAUAUAAUUAAUGUAACAUUUUAGAUCUACAUACAGGGGUGGGCAAAAGUAGGUCUACAGUUGUGAGUACAUGAAAGUUUAUUGUAUUAUAUUAUUUUCCAUACAAACAACUGUAAACCUACUUUUGCCAACCCCUAUAUAUUUCUGCUGUGCCUUUGAAAUAGUACGUCAAUAGUGCGUAUUGAGAUAUUUUGUUCUAAUCUAGAGGGAUUGUCACUUCUGUAAUUUGUGCUUCACUGUGUUCUGAGGCAAAUGUCGCUUUAAGUUUGUCUUUCAUUCUUCCAUUGGUUAUUUAUUAAGCCAACGAUAGGUACCUGUC